AUGAGUGGCACUGAUGAACAAAAAGGUGUGGGAAAAAAUAAUGAAGAAAACCAAGUUAUGCUAUAUCAGAAGAUGAAUAGUACAGAGGAAUUUUUCUUAUCAGGCGAAUCGAGGAUAAGUAAAGAUCGUCGACGAUUUACGGUGGUGACAGUAUUUGACGUGUGUCUGACAGCUCUACUGUGGGUCAUUUCUACGGUGAGCAAAGGUAGUGAUUGGCCAGUGGUAUUUCUUCGUGAGGUUGAUAUUUUGCAACCGGAUUUCAUGAAGCUUUCAUUGUUUGAUGUUGUUAUCACAGCAGUUAUUCGUAUGUGCAUUCUCAUCCUUUUCUAUUCCAUCUUAUUAAUUGGACAUUGGCUUCCAGUCGCCAUUACAACGAUCGCAACAACAAUUUUCCUCCUUGUCAAGGCACUAUUCUUUUUUUCACCAGCACAGGGUAAUUUACCACAAUAUACGGUAUUAGUAUCUUCAUUUGUGGUUGCUUGGUUCCAGCUUUGGUUGGUACCAUUUCAUAUCUUACCACGUGAGCGUGGUUACAUGAUUAUGCCAAACUAUAAGACUCCUUCGGAAGUCUCAGAACGAAAUGCACAAACCGAUGAAGAAUUCCGUUCAGCUAUGGAAUGUUCUUCCGAUUCGGAUGACGACAACUUAUCAGCGAUAUUGAUUGCAGGAAAGGUAUACUCGAAAGCGCAAUAUAUCGAAGAAGUAGAAGAAGCAAAGUUGAAAGCUAAAGAAUUAUUAACGCAAGCCAAUACCUGGAAACUUUUGCACAGGAGUAAUCCUGAAAUACGUAUUUCGAAAGAGAAGCAAGUUUAUUUUAUUCAGGAUAUAUUUGCAUGCUCACCAAAAUCACUAUUCAAAAUUAUUUGGAGAGACAGUAAAUUAUGGAAUAAGCAAAUUACCGACUUUAAAGUUGUACUUCACAUUGAUCCCACUACAGAACUGGUUUAUAUCACUACCGCCCCAAUAAUGCGUGGCUACAUUUCACCGCGAGAUUUCUUGGAUGUUCGUCGAAUGAUUCUUGAUACUGAAAAAGAUAUUUACGAAGGAGCAUACGUCUCCGUAGAUUCUUCAAUUAUACCAACAAAUGGAAAUCAAAAACUCGUACGUGGAGUUAAUGGAGCAAAUUAUAUUCGUGUAACACGUAACUUAAAUGAUUCAAAAAUGUCUCAAGUUGAAUGGAUUCAGGACAGUGAUAUUAAGAGCGGAAUCCCGCGACGUCUUAUUGAAGCAUCAAUGUGUACCUUUUUCCGGAAUUAUAUGGAGAACUUAAAAACAUUCAUUAACAAUCAUCCCAGUGAAUAUCCAUAA